UGUGUCCACGUCAACAUAACCUCAAUUCUUCAAACCAACCUAACCUAACCUAGUUUUAUAUGACCUUCACGUGUUGGAUCACGUGCGUAUUCCGUUCCGACCUUCCGUUUAUUUCCAAAUAGCUCAAAUUUCGCAAAUCCCCACUCAUGCCUUGCAUAAUAAACUGAAAACCUCUCGUGAUAAUUCACUCUUUAAAUCAGUGAAAGAAAUAUGUCAAACAAAUUCAAAACAAGGUGUAUCGUUCCAAAUUGUAACUCAGGGAAUUCAGUGAAGUUCAACAGGUUUCCAAAGGACACUAAACAAUGUCAACGUUGGGUUCGAGCGGUCAAAAAUCCUUUUCUUGAAACACUAUCACUCAAAGAAAUUCAAACUUAUCGUGUUUGUCAUUUACAUUUUACCAAAGAUUCCUUUUUCAUCACAGCUGAGAGGCCGAGAUUAAAAUGGGAUGCAGUUCCCUUUCUUCGAUUGCCUUCGUCUUAUCCUGAUAAAAAUUCUGAGGAAUUAAAAAUCGACCUCCAAAGUGACGAAGUCGAUAAAAAUAAAAAAAUAAUUCUCAGAGCCAAACCAAAGAUAAUUGACGCUUAUUCGCUAAGCUACAAUGAAGAAAACAAUCUUCCCCCGGCGGAAAAUGUGCCACCUGUAGAAAAUAAUUUGUUGUGGGAAGAUUGCCUUUUUAAAGAAAUAAAUCCUGUCGAAAAUAUUCUUAAUUAUGCGAGUAAAGAAUUCCGAAGGGCAGAAAAAGGUAAAGAAAUUACAAUAGCUUUUAAAAUUCGAGCGAAUUUAUAUAAAUAUAUAAACCCCAAGAAUCUGGAACACAGGAAACUAAAAAGUAUUAAAAAAGAAAACAGAAAAAAUAUUUUAAAGACUUAUUGUAUUGUCCCGAAUUGCAAAUCUGGAAGAAAUGUCACUAAACACGCUUUUCCAAAGGACGAAUUUGUAGGAGAAAAAUGGGUGAAUGCUAUAAAAAGUCCUUAUAUAAAGAGUAUAAGUUAUGAAGAAAUUAGGAAGAGAAGGCUGUUUGUUUGUUAUUUACAUUUUCCUGAUGAUUCAUGGUCUGAGCAUGCUAAUGUCAAGCCGAGGCUAAAACCGUAUGUGGUUCCUACGCUUAAUUUGCCGGAGAAGUGGAUUAAAAAGAAGAAACUCAAACCUAAAAAGCCGAUUGAUUUGCCGAUGACUGAAGAAGAGGUGUCUAAUGUUACAGUCGAUUUUUAUUAUACAACGAUACCGGUGCUAAGUUACAAUUCGUUGCCAAAAAUUUGCGAUUUUAUGAUAAAAAAUGAAAGUAUUAGAGAAAGUUCCUUCAAGGUGAAGAAUUAUGAGGAUUUCAUCGAUAUCAAGUAUCGCUCGAUUAAUGAUGUGGGUGGACUUUCUUUUGAAACAAAGUAUUCAAAGGAGACUGGAGUUUAAAUAUUUUGGUUUCACUGACGAUCUGAUCUCUGGAAAAAAUGCUGUGACUCUUCAUUUAUGACAUCUCUGGAUCUGAAAUGCUAAUUAUUAAGACUACCAAAAAGAGAAGAAAAAAAACGUCCCAUAGAACAUUACAACUAAGGGAAAAGUGCCUGGCUAAUUUUUCUAUUAUUUCGCUCCCUUUGCUGCUUUUUGCAUAUAUUUCUUUUUUUGUCUAGAAUUAGGAACCAAGCCUAAAUCAGAUUGACCUCAGAUUCUAAUUUCUGUUAAGUUUUAAAAUAAGCAAAUAACGAAUUUUUAGAUCUGUGUUUUGAUUGUUUGUCUGAAAGAUAUAUCGAGGCGUCCUAACGUUAGGAUGCCAACGCACGCGACACGACUUGACGGUACUUGACCAAAAAUAAA